CCUCAUAAAGCAUCCACCUGUUAAUGUAUUUGUAGUAACUUGGCAGUUGGUUAUAACUUGCAUAAAUGUUAAUUUAGACCUGCUGAAAAUAUGAGACCAGACUAAAUAUCUACUAUUUAUGGCUGGUAUUUCGAAAUGUACUCAGUUUGCAGCUUGUACAUUACAUGGAUAUAACCAGACUUGUGGCAGGAGAGGGAACAGUGUUCAGAAGUUGGCAUUUGGUGGUGGUGGUGGGCAUCUGUACCAAAUGGCAGGUGGUGAUAUUUUGAUGUUAAUGCCUUGCCUUCAAACUUGUUAUAUUGAAAACACCUUCUUUAUGCAAAGGUUCUUCAUUGUCAGACAAAGAAUACUUUAUUUUGACCCCAUUGAUUUUGGAAAAUAUUGCAUUUCCGAGGUGUGUACCUGUCUUGAAACAAUAUACUGGAAGGUGUAUGUGUUUUAUUUCCAAACUACAAUGCAAUAAUGUACAUGUAUGUAUGUAAUAAUGUGUAACAAUGUAUAAUGUUAUAUCUUAGACUCGGAUUCUGAUUACAAUAGUGUGUUAUGUCUGUCCAUUAAUUUAUUUAAUUUGACAUUUGACAUUCCAUACUUGAACAACUUAAUCAUAUUUGUUGUAUACAUGAUUUGUUUAUAUCUAAAGUAAACUUGAAACCAACCCACGGCAUGUUUACAAAAGUUCAAGUAACUAUGUUGAAAAGGGGUACAUGUCAACCCGUCCUGUGUUAAAUUGAAAUGACUGGAAGUAUAUUCAUAUUAGUACAUGCGACACUGCUGAGUGUGGGCCGGCUCAUUCAACAAAAAUGAUUACUCACGAGAGGUGGAUUUUUAUUUCCAAGGCAGGAAAUGAAGAAGAUACUGGAAGUGUUCUAAUCUGAUAGAGACUGGAAGAAACUGGGUUAAUACACGAAGCUAUAGGCUCUCCAAGUAUUAUAAGAGUACAUACUUUUGAAUUCUUGGAUUGGUACAGGAUAUUGAAACUUUCAGGACAUUGACUUUUGAAAUGGAAAAUCGUAAGUUAUAUACUUCGAAACAAUGUUUGUUUGUUUGGUUU